UUUCCAGUCUAGAAUACUUAAUUUUAACGUGUCUUUCGAGGCACGAAUAAGUACCAAAUGUUACCGAAAUUAGCUCAUAAGGCUGACACUUAACCAUCAGUCCGUUUCAUCUCUAUUUCGCUCUACUAUCCGCAAAAAUCGAUUUCACAUGUAGACCAUGUCGCAGUAUCCUUUUCUUGUCAAACGGGGACAGUUACAUUUGGGGUCACUGAAAUAUCAAUGACGCCAGCUGUCUUGGGUUCUGCAAUCCUUUUACGUCAUUGGAAAGGUGAAGGGACGUGAGUGUAAUUUUCCUUCUUACUUUCAUUCCUAAAAUCAGUCAAACCAUCAACAUUGAUCUGUGGUUUUCCCUUUAGAUAAAUUAGGUUGACUUUCAGUCUAUGUGCCAAAAACCAGGCCUUGUAAAUCAAGAGAUAUUUCUCAAAGAUCUUCAUAGCAAAUUAAUUUAUUUGAAUGUUUUAGACAUAACAAAAUGUAAUAGGUAUAGUUUGUAUAAACAUUACCAAACUGUCAUCAUCGCUCUCCAUGUUGAAUUUAUUAAGAUAACACUUGACUCAUUUUCGGGGUACUGAUAGCAACAGAAUUCUCAGUCUCAUUGAUUACAUUAUUUGGUGCGGUCUGAAAUUAAACUAUUUCAUCACUAAUGGAAUCUUUUCUUUUCUUAUUUUGUAGUGCAAAGCCAAAUAGAAAAUACCUUGACAUAAAAUAUUUUCAAUACAUAAAGCCCGUGUUCUGCCACGCUAAGCCGAGCCAAAGUCAGGUAAACACCCUUGUAAUAGAGGCGAGACCUUUACUAUUUGUAUUCCCAAAUAUUGUCUUUUUACAUGAUAACAUCUUGGCGUGACUACAGACAGUUUCGACAGGCAACUUGUGGAAUAUUCAGAGUAUAUUAAAAGUUAAGCUGUUUUUGUUGACUGUACAAUGAAAACGUGGUAGAACAAACGUGUUGGCGUCAGGAAAUUCCGAUAACACAUGAAUGCUAGUUGUUUGACUAUUGAAUUAGUUUGAAACGAUUUUUGUGGUAUGUGUAAAUUGUGAAUGUAGUUUUGCACGUAUCAAUAGACUGAACAUUUUCGGCUCGCGUUCGCGUCAGUUGCGGAAGAAAAAGCAAGACAGAUGUUAGAGCUGAGACGAGUUCAAACGCUACUCAGUAAUCUCAAAGCGGAAGAGAUUCAUAUUGAAUGCCAGCAAAAACGAUGCCAGAAUGUAAAAGCAGAAUUUACUAAUCUCGACGCUAAAGAAAAUAAUGAAGGUCCGAUUUGAUAUAUUAUUAUUGGAUAUAACUUGCAUGAGAUAAAAAGGAGCAUAAACAAAAGAGUCAUGAUGGCAAAAUGUAUGCGAAGUUAUGGUACCUACCCUUCAUUAAUUUUGUUAUUCAAUUUACUCUUGCAAUUAGCGCAAUAUCGCAGGUAAUUUUAUUAAAAACCUCCUCUCAGCGACGUCUAUUCUGGGCUACCGUUAGUAGGAACCUAACAAGCUUCGUUUUAUCACAUUUUUUUUAUCUAAUUUGUGAUCUCGAGGAAAUCCCUUUGCCAACAAGUGAAAGGAGUUCUUUGUGGUAAAACGCUUUGUCUAAUCUGGGGCCAUUGUUGACCACGAUACGACCGGAUUUAUAAAACAUUUAGCUUUUAUUUUACAACAAGCGCUAAUUUUCCACAAAGUAAUUUAGUUUUUCCUCUUGAUAACAGGUGAAUAGGAACGAUGUAAACGCUAAAACUACUAGAAUCAUUAAACCACUUGCGUUUUAUUGAUAUCCUUGUCAACAUUGAUAAAAAUAUAAUAUUAUCAUUUAUCGGAAUGAUGAUAACAUUUCAGUGCUUGAUCGUCGUAUAACAGUGAAUGCAUUGCGUAAAUAAAAAAUAAAACAAUUGACAAUAAAAUAAAGUGGUUUUUAAAAUAAAGGUUAUAUUUCUGCGGGAACCGUAGUUGCGUUCAAGUGUUACUGGUAUAUACUCGUAAAAUGUAGUGAUGUUUGGUGUUUAUUACUAGGCUUGAAUGUCCCACUGCUGGGCAACGGACUCACUCUUCUUCCACUUGUCUUUCUCGUGAACCACGACUGACAGGUUCUGUAAGAACGAGUCCAAGUCAUCCUCCUAUUAAGUGGAUUGGUUGUUACAUUAAAACAAGGAUUAGAUUAAUGGUUAACUAAUUGUCAGUUUUAGUAAUUAGUGCGUUUUUAUGUAAUAAAACAGUGUACGAACCUUAGUGAUAAUGUUGUAGUGCCUCUUAGACGUUAUUAUAAAGUGAGGUUAGCAAGUCGUCAUGAAGCAAAAGAAUCCGAUUAAAUUGUUUAACAUAGCUGGACUAAGAUGGUUACUAGUAGGCGCGUGUAGCGGCAAAGUCAUGAAUCAAGGAGGUCUCAAGAAUGUCACGGAGCCUACGCGCCUCGAGAACAAACGUGAGCGUCGUCGUGGCGCUGCGGGUCGCGCGGCUGCUCUGCGGCGCGCGCCCUCCGACUCGGACUGCUCCGGGGAGACCGCCUCGCUCUCCGCCGACAGCGGGGACCGCGCCCCGCGCCCGCCGCCGCAGCCCGCCCGCGCCGGCAAGACCAGGAGUCGUCGUCGGGGCAGUGAGUGGGAGGUGCUCGAGGGUCUGAAGGACGGCCAGAGGUUCGACAAGAGACCCGACGUCUUCAACGGUUACCUACACAAGAAGAGGAAAUGGCCUCUCAAGGGGUGGCACAAGCGUUUCUUCGUGGUGGACGGCGGCAUCCUGGUGUACGCGCGCUCGCCCACGGACGUGGCGCGCGGGCGGCUGCACGGCAGCGUGGACGUGGGGCUGUCCGUCAUCUCGGCCAAGGCGCGCCGCCGCCGCAUCGACAUCGACGCCGACGAGUUCAUCUACCACCUGCGCGCCAAGACCCCCGACGUGUUCCGGACCUGGCUCAACGUGCUCAAAGCUCAUAGGUUAUACCGACAGCACUUGCUAACGUUUGGUGCGCGGGAGUCGGUCCCGAAGAUCCACGCGCCGCUGGACGACCUGCCGCCCACAGACACGUCCUCUCGUACAUCCCACGACACCUUAGAAACAUCUACGAUAACCUCGAGCGAAGACUUUCUCUUCCCCACUAAAAUGAAGUGCGGACAUGAAGAUUGCGACGAUAGCUUUUGCUUUUGUCACGAAACCUUCUACCCCCCUAUAGACGAAGAAAAAGUGUUCGAAAACUCGGUCGACGACGACAACCCACAAAUGCUGGACGUUCACUUAAGCGAUAAACUAUUUAAUAACCAUAGAAGCUUAUGCUCUAUGAACUGCGUCGCCAGGUUCACGAAAGAAGACCUCAAAAGGCGGAAAUCUCCAAACAUAUCUAUAGGCAGCACAGAGGCUGAGAAACAAAUGCACAGCACUGAUCUAGACGUGUCUAUACGAAGCGCUGAACCCCCAGAAGGAAACGAUCUCAAAAACAUUCCAGAAACAUUGCACGAACGUUUGCCGGAAACAAAUAAACACUUAUUCCUUGACAAUAAGGUUCCACCGACGACGGCAUAUUUUUUCUUCACUCGUAACAAAUCUCGUUGCUCGAGCCCUAAUUCACCGAUGAAACGGAGCAGGAAGUCAACGAACUUAGUCAGGUAUAGGAACUUAAUGACGGAGCCUACUUUGAAAAAGCCUUUAAGUAAGUGUAUGUUGUUAGGGAACUAUAAGUACCGAGUGGCGAAGCAUUCCGACCCGGAGAAGGCAGCGAACAAGGCCAUGGCCUGCGACUCCAUACAGAAGGAAAGUAACGAGGUGCAGGUGACCAUCAUAGAGAACAAGUCGCUGCAAGACGCGAUGACCAUCGCAGACUACGAUAUCAUAACAGAACGGCUAAUGGUAUCCAUAUUCCAGAAUCCUAAAAACCUUCCAAACGAUGAAAUCAAAUUAUACAUCAAACAGGUCAUAGAAGAUUUGUAUGACGCCAAGUUUAUGGACGCGCAUCCAGCCAAAGCAUUGUUCAGGUGCCUUCUGGAAUACUGGUUGAAGAAUACUUCUAAUGAACCUAUUAAAGCUGCUAUGACACAAAGCCGCUCUGUAGACAGACAAUCUAAUAAAUUCUUCACUAAAGACGAAAAUCUCUCAAGUCUGUAUAUUAGCAACGUUUCUAAGGAAACUCAGUUCCAUGGGCUAAGCGAAUUACUUGUACAGUACAAGAAAAAACCCACCUCUCCGCCUAGGCCGACAACGACUGCACAUAAAUCAGAAAAACGCUGUGUGCCCAAAACCCACAGUCCGAGACGAGACACGGAGAGUUUCGAAAAGGAGAGAAAAAUUCAAGAACUUGAAAAGUUACUGAAAAACACAGUGUACAUAUGUGAAACAACUAGGAGCACUCAUAGUAAGGAUAAAGAUAUAAAAAUUACUAAAACGUUAAUAGAUAAUUUGGGGAAACUGUCUCCGAGGUCGCCACGAUCAGGCAUAAACAGGCAAAGCGAACAGCCAAAGAACGACACGUCUAACUCUUCAACUGAGAAAAUACAAGAUACUAUAAACCAUCUCAUAAGUGACACCUCCAUACCGCCAGAUGUUGCCAAGGAGUUUCUCAGCGCCUACCUAGAUGUGUUACUUAACGAUAGUUGCAAAAGUCUCACGGAAACGAGCUCCAAGUCAAGUGAACAUUCUGCUCACUCCAAAGCGGACUUGUCCUGCGAAGUACAGACUGAAGCUGUCAUAAAACGAGUUUCUAGAAGUGUCACUACCUUACGAACAGAGAGCAAGGAAGCGAAACUGAACGACAUGCGAAACGUAGAUCCUGGACAGUUGUAUUUGAAAGACAUUUUAGAUAAAAUAACGACUAUAUUCUCUAGAGUUAGGAAAGUCGAUGAUAAGUCUAGUAACUGGAAAAACGAGAAGUCGAGCGAUGACACUAAGUCAAGUCAUUUUAAACACGAAGAGCAAAAGGAUGAAUUGGGGAGAACUGUGAAGGGAUACCCUGGGAAGAAUCUUAUUUACGAGAAUUAUGACGAGAACUCCGUUGUUAUAGACCUCUCUCGGUACGAUUUAGAACAUAUCUCAAUGUUCAGUGAUCCGUCGAUCAAAGGGAUCAUGUCUAUAACUAUUAAGCUUAAAGAAAAGCCACUCAAUAUUGGCGAGUCUAAACGCACACAGUUGAGCCUCAAAUUCGCAGAUUCGAAACAAAUCGCGGCUGAGAACAGGAAAGACAGUAGGAGAGAGAACUGGCUCAACUUCAUGCAGCCUGUUAGCACCAACUCUAAUGACUUAUUCCGUAAGAAAACUGCGUCCCCGCCGCAUCCCUUCAUUGACUUCCCUAAAGAGUUUGAUCUGAAGCCGUAUUUAAGUAGCAGCGACGCUACGUCUAAAGCUUACCGCGUCACCCACGAGAGUGAACACUCUUUAGGCCUAUCGUUUAAAAGUAGCACCUCGUUGCGCAGAGACUCAAAUUCAAGGCAGUCCUGCGAUAACGAUGGUUCACAUUCAUGCUACGUGAUGUCUUUUAAAAAGGAAUCUUUCGCGAAGAAGCUACAGUCUUUGAAAAAAGUCCGCCUGAAGGAGUGUAACGGUGUACUGCUGAGCCCUCAUCAGAUAUCCCCGACCCGCUCGCCCACUAGACAACCAGAACUGUCGAUAUUCGAAAAACCAACCCCUAGAGUUAUCGAUGAAAAAUUUAUACUCUUACUAUUAGAAAAUUUGUCACUGCUGUCUAAAAACAUACCUAGUUUACACAAAGACAUUAAUAAUUUAUUUUUAAAGUUAAGAAAGAAACACGAUAAAGUUAUAAAGUGCUGUAGUAAUAUACGAGGGCUAAGUCUCUUAGGGAAGAUCUAUAACGAGGACGCUUGUAGAAGUAUUAACAAUAAAGAUGCUAUGACACAAUGGGACCUCGUACCUUAUAAUGCAUACGACAAACACAGGGACCUUCGUAUCAAAGACAAGGCUAUCAACACAAGCAAAGUGGUCCAAGAAUUGGUCGAUGCCAAAAUAAGUGCUAUAGACUUUAGGCUGAUCAUAGACAACGAAGUUCAAACUGUGUGGAAAUCUGAAGAAAAAGUACCAAAAGUGCACAACGAUCAACAGGCUGCCGAUAAUACGUCGUUGGUGUCAACUUUAAUGCAAACAGAGUCGGCGAACAGUGUGCAGGCGGCUGAGCUGGAGACCACGGAGCAGGCGACCUCCAACCCCAACUGGUACCAGCGGUUCUGCACCCGGGACUGCUCCAUGUCCACCAUGAUCAAAUGCGUUCUCGACUCCAACACUGAGAGCUUCCGCCUCCAACCGCGACAGAGCAGCGUCACCCCCACUCCCCUCAGAGACAAAUCCAAAUCAGAAUCUAAGAAAAAGAAGCAAUAUAAACUCAGACAAGAUCUGAUCAAAGAAAUUGCGCUCUUAUCGCCUUCCUUUAAAGUUUCAACUCAAUCGCAGACUGAUAGGAAAGGGCCUCGGUUUGCGCGAGACAAGGGGAUCGAUAAAGAUUUCAAAGUGUACAACUUGUAUCAAAGUAAAAAGUUUUCCUCGACUCGGUCGAGUUCUAUGACUGAUUCUAACGUAGAAGUAAUACCGAGCGAUGAGAUGAAGACGCUGUACAGAUGCUCAAGUGACCCCUCGUACUGUUCCGGGCUGAUUAGCCCCACCGCCGUGCCGAUCAGGGGCCCGCAGGCCGGCUUCGUGUCCGGCACGCCCGGCGGACGGCUCGCCGGCUGGAUCAUAGAGUCUGGCGGUCCGCUAGAGAACGCGUCCCGCGAGCUGGGCCAGGCGCAGCUGUCCGUGCAACAGCUGCAGCGGCUGCUCGACGCGCUCGAGCUGCAGCAACAGUUGCACCAUGAUACUGAUGUGUCGCUAGAAGGUGCGUCCCCGAAUGUGAAGAAGGACCGUCGCAAGUUCGGUCUGAGGAAGAAGAAGUCAAACAGCAAGUGUGCCUCUGUAGAGCUGCAGCCGCCGCAUAUAGACCCGUCCACCUCGCAUAUGGCCCUGUCCGCGCUGACGGCGCCGCCGUCGCCCGGGGGCGGCGCCUCGUCCGCGCCCAACUCGGCCGCCUCGCUGCCCAUCGCGUGCGCGGCCGCCCGCCCGCAGUCGCUGCCGGCCGCAGAGUCCAUGGUCACGGCGCAGGGACCCGCCUCCCUCACCAGCCUCACUCCUGAUCAUCAGUUAAGGGAAGACUUCACCGUGUUAGCUAAGGAUCUAGUGGCCAAUUUGAAGACUGUUGUGUCUACACUGGUGUGCGAGCGCGGGCGGCUGCGCGCGGCCGUGGAGGCGGCGGAGCCGGCGGGCGCGCCGGGCGCCGUGCUGGGCGCGCUCCGCACCAGCCUCAACACCGCGCUGCACCAGAAUUCCGAGCUCCGCUCGCGGCUGUCGCGGAUACACGACGCCUCCGACCUCGCUGAGAUAUCCUCCGUCGGACCCAACUCGGAUGCUCAGGUGAACAACCGUCCAUUCCAGCAGUCGCUGAGCUACAGUUCGUCCUGCGUGUCCGCCUCCGAGUUCUUCGACGCAGAGGAGCACGAGAUAGAUCUCAAGCCGGCCGAGAUCAUAGCCGCUGAUGAGUCCGGAGUGAUCGAGCUGGAAGGCGACUCGUCCUCGGAGGCGGGCUCCCUCAGCAGCGAGGAGGGCUCGGCCAGCUCCGACAACUCUGACGGUGCGAUGUCGGCGGAGCAGGUGACGCUGCGCGCGGCGGGCGGGGGCGCGGGCGCGGGCGGGGGCGCGGGGGGCGCGGGCGAGGGCUGGGCGCGGCGCACGCGCCUGCCCGCCGCGCGCCCCACGCCGGGCGGGCCCAGUCUCUGGAACCUGCUCUACAAGAACAUCGGCAAGGACCUCAGCCAGAUCUCCAUGCCCGUCACAAUCAACGAGCCCCUCAAUAUGCUGCAGCGGCUGUGUGAGGAGCUGGAGUACUCGGAGCUGCUGGACGCGGCGGCGCAGUGCCCGAGCGCGGGGGAGCGCAUGGCGCUGGUGGCGGCCUUCGCGGUGUCCGCCUACGCCUCGUCCGCGCACCGCGCCGCCUCCAAGCCCUUCAACCCGCUGCUGGCCGAGACCUACGAGUGCAUCCGGGACGAUAAGGGCUUCCGCUUUAUAGCUGAACAGGUGUCUCACCACCCUCCGAUCUCUGCGUGCCACGCGGAGUCUUCCCGCUGGUGCUUCUGGCAGGAGGCGCGCAUCAAGACCAAGUUCUGGGGCAAGUCCAUGGAGUUCCAGCCCACCGGCCGCGUGCAUGUGCGACUGCUCAACACCGGGGACCACUACAGCUGGAACAAGGUGACGACGUGUGUUCACAAUCUGUUCGGCGGACAGCGGUGGGUGGACCAGUACGGGGACAUGCAUAUCACGUGCCAUGGAACUGAUAUUACAUGCAAACUUAACUUUAUUAAGGCCAGCUCGUGGUCGAGCAGCCGCCACGAGGUGCGGGGUUUCGUGAGCGGCGGCGGCGCGCGCCUGCGCCUGGCCGGGCGCUGGUCCGAGGCGCUGCACGCCGGGGACCCGCCCGCCGCCAGGUGUCUGUGGAGGCCCGGUGCGAUGCCGCCUGAGCACGAGUUGUACUACGGGUUCACGAGGUUCGCGAUGGAGCUCAAUGAGCUGGAGCCCUCCAUGAGGGAAACACUGCCUCACACCGACACGAGGCUCAGGCCGGACCAGCGUGCACUGGAGGAGGGCGACGUAGAAGCGGCGGAACAGCUGAAGCAUCAGCUGGAGCAGGCGCAGCGCGACCGCCGCCGCGACCACGCCACGCACGAGCCCGCCUGGUUCCGAAAAACCAUGGAGGGCGGCGAGGAGACCUGGGUGUUCAGCGGCGAGUACUGGAAGGCGCGCGAGGCCGGCUUCCCCACGCACUCCGCGCCCGCCAUCUGGUGACCGCGCAGGCUCGUGCCUCGUAUACCGCAGUGCGAAGUGCUCUGUUAGUUGGUUGUGUCUCGCUUCCCGCUUAGCGUUAACUAGUUUCCUAGCCUUUAUCUAUAAUAUUAAGGGCGGGUAGUUUAACUAAACUUCUAAAUAAUACUUCACCCCAUUCGGACGCUUUGUUUAUUAAUAUGGGGUUAGUUUGUUAACUAGCGCUGCUGGGGUUGCCAGUGUAUCGAGGGUAGUUCACAAAUUUGACUGUUCGUAGUGAUAUUAUGGGGAACUCGAAAGUGUAUAUAGUCUUACUGGGGGAGUCGAUGCCAGGAGAAGGCGCGGGAAACAUGUUGUAAAGCAACUGUUUUUUUGGUACCACUUGUGAUAUUGAAAAACAUACUUAAAAGCCGUUUAAUAAAGAUGUAAAUUUAUAUUGCAAAUCAAAUUCUAUAUCACCGAAACAUAGGUUGUAAAAAAUCUAAUUCUUACAGUAAAAAAGAAUAGUUUUCUUAAUCUAUUCAGUUAAUUGAUUGGAAUAAUCGUUAAACCAGCACAUUUCCCGCGCGCACUCUCGUGCAUAAACAGCCUUAUGUGACGUCAAAGUUUGUAAUUAGAAUAAAAUGUUAAGAAUAAUUCGAAAUAUUAUUAAAAUAAAGCGCCAGUUACCUGUAGACUGUUGAAGAUAUAUUUACGAAGGUUUUAAUUUAAAUAGAGUGUUGCUAGUUGAAUUUAAUGUAAUGUUUUGUAACGGUUUCGGUGGUAGACAGAGGAAACUUCUGAUAUUAGCGGUGAUAUUCAUUUUGGCGGUGAGGUCAUUAUACAAAAGAAGUAAUUUAAAAUGAUUCAUAAAUCAGAUGUAUGUUGCAUUAAUAAACAAAGGUACGUUCAAAUGCAUUAUAAAUAAAAAAACGAGGACUAGGGAAUUAGUACAAAAAAAAAACCUAUUUGAAUAUAACUUUGACAGUAAUUAUCUUGAUGUUCCACUAGCUAGACCGUAUUACUUUAGAACGUUUGUCCACCGCGGCCGACAUCGAUAAAGCUUCGCCGAUGUAAGAAAAUUCCACGCCACAUAUAAAUUGUCUCGUUAUCGACUAAGGUGGGCAAACGGUCUAACAGUACCAAGAAAGUGAAAACUCUGGUGUCUAAGUGCUUUAAACUUAACUAUUGUAUGUUGAUCGGCGACUUAGACCGGAGACAUAACAUAGAUGUGUCAUAGCAUCAUUAUUUGGUCCUAACUGAUAAUAUGAUUCUUGAUGUAAUAGAUACAAAAAGGGAUGUAAAUACAGAUUUAUAUAUAACUAUGUAUAUGGUGUGAUAAUUAAUUGGUAAAUGCUACCAUUAUUCAUUUGUAUAAGGUUUAUUUUUAAACGCCAUUGUUCAUUUCGUAUAUUGCCAAAAUGAUAAAAAAUAUACCACCCAUCAGAAAACGGCGACUUCAAGCUAUUUAACUAAAUAUACUAUUUGAUUGGUUUAGACAAUAAUAUUAUCAGUGCGUUAAGAAAUAUACCUUGUAUUGUGGUUGAUAAGAGCUUCUUAUUGUACAGUCCAGUUCAGAAAUGAUACAUGAGUUAUAUCUUAGGUCCACUACGUAAGGCCUAUUGAAUAUCCAAAGAUAUUUGAAUACAAUGCUGUUUGAGUUUCGGAUACCUUGCCUUAUGCACGUGGCGCUGCAAAGUUAUUGAUUCUGAGCUUGACUGUACUUAAAAUAGAAAUAAUGUACAGAAAUAAAUGGAUAUUAUUAAAUAAAAACAGUGACACGCUUUAUGAAAUAUUUUUGGCUGUGAGUCCGUUUCCAUUACUGAAAGAGAAUAUAUAAUAUUUUUGAUUUUACAUUAUUUUUUUAAGAGCCACUUGAAUGUGUUAUAACAAUGAUUAUAUCAUAUUUUUUCGCGAAAUAUAAUUACACAAAUUAAUGAUUUCUUUAUUAAAUAAAGUAUUAGCAAAGAAGACAAAAAAAAAUAUUGGAAAGUUCUGAAAUAUUCUAUCUAAAGAUAUUUAUAGGAUUAUGACUUUAAAGCGAUUUUCAACUGUUCAUAUAGAUCAUUGAUUACUCAUAUAUUGCUUUGUAGGUUGUUUUGAUUAAUUUACCUUACAUUAGUCAAUCUUAUUGAGUCCUGUAACUUAUGUCACAAAAUUUUGUCAAGAAACGGUUUUUUACUAAAAACUAAACUAAAACAUUAGUUUAAAAUUGUCGUCAAUUAACUUAAGGGAUGAAUGGCACACGGAAGCACAAUAAAAUACUUCGUUAUGGCUACAAGGUGUGGGUAUUACGGGUUCGUGAACUAUAAAAGACAGAAUCAAUUUACUAUUGGAAAAUUAAUGUAGUGGAGGAAAUCUUUAACCGUUCAAUCUGAAUUAGAAUUUAAACAGCUUGGUAUUGAGUCGAGUUUUGCGAAACCCCUUGGCCCUUAUUACAACUCGAAAACCGAUAUCUACACGAAAUAAAAUAUAAUAAACUAAUGUUAUUCGAUUGAAGUAACUAAUAACAGUUGAAGAUUUUCUUCGCUACAUACUUAGCUGAAAUCACUCAAUAAUAUCUUGUAUAAAGAGCUGCAGUUAUGUAUAGGUAAUGCUUUAUGUACCAUAAAUGUUCGUCUAUGUGAGCUGUCUGUGUCGUUAGCUAGUUAUAAGUAUGUAUAGGUUCGAUCGUACCGAUGUACGGUCUGCAACACAAGUCACUUGGUUGUUACGGUGAAAAUGAAGUUACUUUUUUUGUUGACGGUAGGUGAGUUUUUUUAGUGAAUGUGUACUUCAGUACUAAGCAGUAGCGGUCUCGUGGGGCUGGUUGUUUUCUCCGUUUUUUGUAUGAAUGCAGCCCCUUAUGAUCGACAUACGUGGUUGUAUUCUAAAACGAAAUAAGCGGCCAACCUCAGUGUACCGCUACUGAUAAAGAAGCCUCAGAUUAUUAAUAAUUAUUGGUAAUGCUGUUUUGUAAAAUGACUUACAUACUGAGUGACAUAUUUACUAAAAGAGUUUGGUAAAAGUUUUCAUUUCGUUAUUCUCGAAAUGUGUUGGUGUCAUAUUUAUUAUUGAACAUGAUGAAAUAAAUACGUGUGUACAGAAACUUUAUGAUUAACCAAAUUAUCCUUGAUAACCUUGUCACAAACUUGCAAGAGAUUUAUUUUCUUUUUACAACUAUUUUAUGUCAACUUAAUAUCUGUUGUUAAGGUACAGUUAGCAAACUUAGUUCGAAAACACUUCAGAAAUAUUCCAGGGCUUUUUAAUAAGCUGUUUAUUGAUCGACUAUGGUGUUAUCUGCACCUAUGCUAUCUUGCGUUUAUUUAACCUGAGUAUAUGACACGAACGCAUUCUAUUAAAUAGUUUAAAUAUUUUAGUUACCAUACGGGUGUUUCGGUUGUUUUUCGUUAAUUAUAAACAGUUAACAGGUCACAGUGUUAUCUAAUCAACUAAUGAAAAUGGUAUAUAGUGUUUAUUUUAGUAUUUACAUCAAUUCGGAAAUGCAACACAGUCUCCGGUGGCCAACGACUCUAGUCACCAUGAUGCUUGUCAAUUCGAACCUGUCAGUUUAGAAGGUGAUAUUAUUUUGGAGAUUAAAAUCGUCGGGCAUCGGGGAUGUGCCGUUGUCGCUAUCUCGGGGACAAAUGUUUACAUGCGCGUACGCAACCAUGACGCAAGGUUGCUAAGUAAUUAAAAAUAAAUACAGUUGUGAACAAACGUUCGAAAUUAUGUCGAUAAGUUAUAAAUAAUACUGGUUAGUUAAAAAUGUACGCUUCCGCCGAAAAGUGUUGCGUCGCUUCGAUGUAUUUAGUUAUAUCAAAUUGAUAAGUCGUGGGUAUAUUAGUUAAAUAUGAUCAUAUUUAAGAUAGAAUAUAAUUAAAUCGUUGUGUGUUAAAUGAGAGAGAAUUAUACACCAAGUAUUAUGUUAUUGAAUGUAGAUUUUGUGAUGAUGACUCGGUCAUAGUUUUGUUUCCUAUUUGUUGCCCAUUUGUAAACGCGGUGACAGAAAAUAUAAAGCGUUUGUAAAUACAACUUUUUGAGUGUACAAUACAAUAGUCGCUUGUAAGGUUAAAAUUGUCUAGUAUCGGAGAUCGUUGCCUCGUGUUCCUUUGUUCUUAAAACUGUAAUAUUCUUAAUAUUGUAUAGAACUGAUAAUGCCAGAUCCAGGAAAAAAUCUUAUACAAAACUUUGAACUAGAUAGAUAUUUUUUAUCAACUAACAAACGCACUAUACACCAUUUUCUAAAAAUAACAAAGACAAUAAUGCUUUGUGUGUAAAUGUAACUGUUGCUAUUAAUAUAUCAGUAAUGUUACUGCUUGCCAAUUUGUCCUGUGUUAAUAUAAAUUCAGAAUUGUUCUUACCAAGCAUGGGGCAUGAUAUUGUUUAAAAUUUGAUUUAACUUUUGAAAUACCUAUGUCUUCUUCAAGAAAAGUUAAAUACAUUGCUCACUAACUAUUACUUCAAUAAAAAUCACUUCAUAAUAAGGAUCCCCCUUAUUAUGAAAGUGAAUUCCAAAACAAUGUCAAAUUAAUACUGAAACUACAAUUAGUUGCAAGCUACCAUUCAAAAUUCUACACGUUUUAACAUCUGAGCGUAUGUAUGUAUGUAAAGUAUUCAAAAGUUAAACCACAAUUUCUUGCUAUAUAUUGCUCUCUCGAUAUAUAUUGUUUAACGUUUUGAAACAACUCCUACUAUUUAUCAAUGUGUCCAUGCAUGUUGUUACUUUUAUAGUAAUAGAUAUACAACUGUGAUCGGUGUUCCCUUGAAUUCACCAAGGGAGUGAUGCAUUGAUGACAGAAAAUUGAUGUACUGGCCAGAAAAGUUGUAUUGCUAAACGUAGAUUAUUUGUGCAGGGACAGAGAAAUUUAGACAUAGAAAAGUUUAGUUAGAGAAAA